GUUUUAACCGAAUUCAAAGUAUGGGAAAUGAAUGUACUCAAAGUUGCAAUAUAAAUACUUCAUCAGAGGUUGGUUUGAUAGGAUUGACUAUUGAUGAAAGAGGGUCAAUCAUAAAAGAAGAAUAAUAAAGAAAUUUACAAUUUCCAUUAUAAGAUGAAUUGAACAUGAACGCUUCUAAAGCACAGUUCUUUAAUUCAUAGAAUAGCAUUUCAUAUUUUUAGUAGCAAAAAGAUUUAGAUGAUGUUUAAGAUAGUACAAAACAAUCACAAAAAGGUGCUACUUUUUAAUAAAAUUAUAAAUAGAACAAUAAACUUGAAAAAAGAGCACCUUAUAAAUUUUAAAAUGGUGCAAUAUAUGAUGGUUAAUGGAAAGGAGUUUUUAGAGAAGGUUAUGGAGUUUAGAUAUGUAAAUAAAUAAAUAAUGAAAUAGGGCCUGAUGGUGCAAAGUAUGAAGGAGAGUGGAUGAAUAAUUUGGCAAAUGGAAAAGGGAAAUUCACUCAUGCAGAUGGAGAUAUAUAUGAUGGAGAAUGGGUAGAUGAUAAAGCAAAUGGAUAUGGACAAUAUCUACAUUUGAACGGAGCUAAAUAUGAAGGGUUUUGGAAAAAUGAUUAAUAAGAGGGUUAAGGUACUGAGGAAUGGAUAGAUGGGUCCAAAUAUACAGGUAAUUACUUAAAUGGUAAGAAAAAUGGAUAAGGAUAUUAUUAGUGGAGUGAUGGUUCAACUUAUGAAGGUAAUUGGUUCGAUAAUAAAAUAAAUGGAUUCGGAAUAUAUAAUUGGUGUGAUGGAAGAAGAUAUGAAGGAGAAUGGGUAAAUAAUAAUAUGCAUGGUAAAGGAAUCUAUACUUGGAAAGAUGGUAGAAAAUAUGAAGGGGAAUAUUAAUUUGAUAAAAAACAUGGUUAGGGUAAAUUUACAUGGCCAGAUGGCAAAGGUAUAUAAUAGAAAAUAAUAGUAAGCUUAUGAGGGUCUUUGGGCAUAUGGAAAGUAAAAUGGUUAAGGAAAAUAUAUACUUCCUGAUGGAACUAUUAAAAUUGGAAUCUGGGAGAAAGGAAACAGAAUUGCUUGGUUAGAUGAAGAACAAAAUUAGACACCUAUUUAAUUGAAAUAACAAUUUUGA